CCGUGCUGUUCCCUGCUGCCCAUCGGCCGAAGAGGUCCUCGUCCCUGCCACUGAACCCAGUCCUGCAGAACUCCUUGGAGGAAGUGGAACUGCUCUACGAGUUCCUGCUGGCCGAGCUGCGCAUCAGCCCCGACCUGCACAUCUCCAUCAGGGACGAGGAGCUGGACUCCCUGCGCAAGGCCGCGGACUUCCGCGCCGUCUGCAACGAUGUCAUCCCCAAGCGCCUGCCGGACAUCCGGCGGCUGAGCGCCAGCCUGGCCAGCCGCCCCGGCGUCCUCAGGAGGGAGGACUUUGAAAGGACCGUGCUGACCCUCGCCUAUGCGGCCUACCGCACGGCGCUGUCCCAAGGGUAUCAGAAGGACAUCUGGGCCCAGUCCCUGGUCAGCCUCUUCCAGGCCCUGAGGCAUGAUCUGAUGCGGUCCUCAGGCCCCCGGGCGGCUCCCUGAGAGCCUGGGCCCCCGGAGCAGGGACCUGCACACACAGCAAUCCAGAAAGGCUUCCUUCUCUCUCUCCACCUACACAGCCCAGCAGGAAAACACGCCCAGCGACACAGAUCGGCCGAGAUAAAAUACAAGGAGCCCCGAUGCCCCUCUGCGCUUGGUAGCUUCCUGCCAGGCACAUGUGCCGGGAGAAAGGGCCGCUGAGGUCCCUCGGGAUGCCUGCCAGGCGGGAUGCUUUGCCUGAGGUCAUGCAGGAGUCUUAAGAGAGGCUUCCCCGCAGAGCAGAGCCAUCGCUGGACACACCAGGAGUGAGGGCGGGAGAGAGAGAGGGCGGCAGAGAAGUGUGGGCAUGGCACGAAGAUGGGGUGAGGGGACAGCGGCCUGGAGCUGGCUUCCCAGCAGUCCCAUAGUAAACUCGAAGAAGCUAGAGCUACACCCAAAUAAAUGCGUUGUGAGCCAAGGAUGCACUCCCUGAGUUUUUCCGAAAGCCACCAGGAAGAAUCGGUCAGGAAAUCAGUGGUUUUAUGACCUGUCUGCCUUAACUCACCCUCUCUGUAAGCUGAUUGUAUACAGAAAAGAAACAAGAAAGGGGGCCACAGAGGUGCUGGGAGCCCAGUCCUGCUUUGUCUUUCCAACACAGAACCCGAGCUAACGCAGAGGGGCCUUGCGAAUGGAAGAGGUGGCCCCGGCCUCUCUCUCCCAAUCCUAAAAUAAGUUAGCAUCUUCAAAUAACCAGGUGCACCCAAGAAAACACAGGAUGUUACCCUGUCAAAUGCCCAAAUACUGAUUUAAGUUGAUUCAAUACUGAUUUAAACAUCUAAACUAUACAUAUGAAAAGUUUCAGCUUUUAUUUACUAGCUUAGGAGACUCAUUGGAAACAGUCUAAUGAACGAAUUGAUAAGAUAAUCUCUAAGAUUCCUUCCACCUUUGAAAUUCCUACAAUCGUUGAACUAACUACAAGAUACUGCAGGGAGGGACAACAAGAGGCCUGCAGGACUGUUUGUACCGACGCUGCCCUGCGAGCUGGGGCUUGGCCUGUUCUCUGCCCAGGUCUGAGUUUUUCUGCUGCCUCCCUCACCGUCAGGCAUUUUUACCGAUGUAACCUGCCCUCCCUGGUUCAUUCUUCCUUAGCCUCAAGAUUAAGGUAGUGAGGUAUGUUCUCAUUCUAUGUCAAAGAGCAGUUCCUGGCUGAAGUGUCUGCUAGGUUCUACAAGGGCUCCUCACAGCACAAGAAUGCUACUAGCUUUGGCAAAGUGUCAGCUGGGGUUGGACUGGAAGCUGCAGAAAGUCUAGUCUUUGAAUGACAAUCACUGGGCUAAAUUCGGUUCUGCGAAGGUUAUUCAACAAUUGUCAUUUGACACAAACGAGCUUUGCCUAUCAGCCCUAGCAACAGGGUCUUUUUGGAGAAAUACAAGGAUGCAGGAAAUGUCAUCUGCAUCAUCUCCAGUCUUGCGUAGUGCUACUCUCAGGCCCAGAGGAGCGAUAACUCCCAGCCUCUCUCCCCGAUCAUAUUGCUCUCAUACGGCCCUCAAGCCCAGGUUCUGAGUUACACUUGUUGUUCUGUCUUUCUCUUUCUAAUUGACAUCAUAACUCUGCUGGUCUCUUUCCUUUCAUUCCAGCAUUUCUGCCACUCUGUAUUUGGACCCAACUCUGAAUAUCUGUAUCUGUUUCUUGAUACACCUCCAGGCCCCUUCUGGUUGACUUUGUUUCUCUCUCUCUCUCUCUCUCUCUUUCUCUCCACUUCUAUCCCUCUGACUGCUUGCUCAUACUCUGAUACUGUCUUUCAGUCUCUUGGCUAAAACCAAGAGCAGUGUACAGACAGGACUGUGAAUCCCCAGAGGAAGUGAACCUUCUUUCUUUCCAUUCUUCCUGCUUGUGGGAUUGGGAAGUGACCAACAAUGGCUUCCAUCCCUAGACACCAUGCAGUCAGUCAUGCACCACCCCCCCAGACUCCACCCCCAUCCGAAUGGAUCUGUACCCAGACCUCAUCAGAUGGAAAGACCAGCUCUGCAGUCCCUGCCUACUGUUUUAUGGUCAAUGCCUCCUCCAAUGGUAGGAGACCUGUGAAUUGAAGGCUCAAUCCCAGGAUCACGGGUAGCAAUGCUAGGUUCAUUCAUCUAGCAACAAAAAAUUGAAGGCACUUUGUAUGUAGAACUUUUGGGACCUGAAAGCAUAUGGUAGUCAACAACUGACAAAAAAGAAAUUACCUUUUUAAAGGCAAAUGAAGACUUUAUUUCCAUAACUAGGUUCUUAAACACGAUUUGAAUCUGAAAGCAGAUUAAUUUCUUACCCCAAAAAGUUUUAUAACAAUUACUUUAUUGACAUGAAAAUGAUAUAUUAUGCUCACCAUCCCUCACUCCCCAAAAUACCCUGCCCCUUGGAGCAGGAAUUUAACACUUAGUGAUUAAGAUGCCUACACUCCAAAGUAGAGGGCCUGGGUCUGAUUCCUGGCUCCAGCUCCUGACUCCAGUUUCCUGCCAAUGCACACCCUGGGAGGCAGCAGUGAUGUCUCCAGUAAUUAGGUCCCGGCCUCCUACAUGGGACACCUGGAUUGCACUACCAGCCCCCAGAUCCAGCCUCAGCCCCACCCCCCAACCCUCAGCCCUGGCUGUUGCAGCAUUUAAGGUGCGAACUGGUAGAUAGACGUGGUUUUCUCUCUCCCUUAAUUUUUUUUUAAGAUUUAUUUAUUUAUUUGAAAGUCAGAGUUGUACAGAGAGGAAAGGCAGAGAGAGAAAGAGGUCUUCCAUCCGCUGGUUCACUCCCAGAUGGCUGCAACAGCUGGAGCUGCACAGAUCUGAAGCCAGGAGCCAGGAGCUUCUUCCUGGUCUCCCACGUGAGUGCAGGGGCCCAAGGACUUGGGCCAUCCUCUACUGCUUUCCCAGGCCAUAGCAGAGAGCUGGAUCGGAAGUGGAGCAGCCGGGUCUCAAACCAGCGCCCAUAUGGGAUGCCAGCACUGCAGGCAGUGGCUUUACCUGCUACGCCACAGCACCAACCCCUCUCUUUCUCUCUUCCUCCCCCCAUUUCACCUUGUUCAUGUUGCUCUCUCCACAACGACAGAAGGGUUGCAUUUUGUCACAUUUACUCACAGAAUAAUGUGAGAGUGUAAUGCUUGCAGUGGAAACUUGUCUUACAGACCCAUUGCUGCCAUGUGUACACUGCUGGGAAAUUGUAGGAUCGAAGACCCCGGAGGUUUCUGCCGUAGCUGGCAUCCUCACAGCUAUCUCCCGCAUCACACAAGAGACAUUGACAAACCUCUCUGCGCUGCAAUUUGCAUUGCUCAGUCAUCUCACCUUGAACUGACUGAAAAUACAAUCACAUAAGUGGUAAAUCAACAGAUAUUUCCACAGCUAAACUCAUCGAAAACGAAAUGCUCAUUAACUGCCUGUGCACAACACCCUUUACUUUCUUAACCCAUUUCCUUGUUGUCCAUUAGAGGAAAAAAACUCAUAAAAGUUACCAUCUUAACCAAUGUCAAGGGUACGGUAAUGUUAACUACAUGAAGGAUUUUCAGGAAGUCCAUGAAAAUGCCUAUUAUGAGAAAACAAUACAGAACUUUCAAAAAUUCUUGGCACUCAAAUAAACAUGGUUUCACUCCAUUUUCCGUGAACUUUCUGGUCUCCUUCCAUGCUCGUGCCACACAGAUCGCCACGAGUUUUUCGUGUUGUGAAACUGAAGCUCCACACAGUGGAACCGCCCCGCCUUGCCCCUCUGCCAGCCCUCAUUGGCCUCCCUUCCACUUUCUGCUGUUCAGGGUUGAGCACUUUAGACCUCUCGUCCGAGGGGGACCAAAGGGUUUUUCUUCAUCUGAAAAAUGCGCCAAGUCCUGAAGGAGAACUUCUGGUCUUACUGUGUCACUUGCCU